AUGCUAGUUGCAUUAUUUUCUUUAGCAAUUGAAAAUUUUUAUCACUUCCCUAAUUGCUCAAACAUUAUGCAUGACGAGCUCUCAUAUGAAGUGAAAUUUGCAGAAAUAACAAUUGCGGCAGGUGCAUGCAGAGAACUCAGUGAUUAUUCAUUUAUUAUUGCCAGUGAAUCUGACUUUGUUGUUGAUUUCUACAAGAUUACAGAAGAAGAUGGUCCACCAAAGGUUAUCACAACAAAAAAGAAUCCUUUUAUCAUCAACAAUCCAACAGGGGAUUCUGAGUUUAGAUUUACUUCAACAAUAAAAUGCGCCGAUAGUAGUAAAGAAUGCAAAGUACAAAUAUUUGCAGAUCCAAUGUCAUCUGUUGAAAGUAGUAAUGAAGAAGAAUCGCCCCACAUUAAACUUUAUAUAACUUCAGCAAAGGAAGGAAAAAUCGAAUUUGAUCGUCAAAAUGAUACACUUUUAAUAGUCAAUUUCUUAACGAAUAAUACAUAUAAAAUAGUGAGUGAAUCAAAUUAUAAAAUUUAUAUUGGUGAAGGAAAUUAUGUUACGGAUAGUCAAUUAAUUAAUACUGGUGAGCACACUCUUACUGGAAUUAAGAACAUAUUUACCUUACCACACGAGGAUGCACCGGAGAACUUCGAACCACCAUUUAAGACCACAAUAACAUACGAAACAACCAAAGAAGCUAAUAAUAAAUUAUUGUUCCCUGAGUUUGCUGGUUGGAUCCCUCAAGAAGCAAAUGUUUUCACACUUGAUGAUCUCAAAAAUGAAGCAACUCCCAGCUCACCUACACCUACACCCACAUCUUCCAAAAAACUUUCAGGUGGAGCAAUCGCAGGUAUUGUAAUUGGUUGUGUUGCAGUUGUUGGUGCUGUCACCGGUGUUUGCAUUUGGCUAUUUGUAUGCAAGGGAGCAUCAAAGGUUGCAGCAGCAGAAGCUACUCCAUAA